CAAGAAAGGCUUAAGAAGCAUACAGUGACUUCUCAACUGCCAUAAUGAGCAGUGUCACGUUAACUAACGUAUUUUCUUUCGUCCCACCUGUGGUGGGUCUCCUGUGGGCCAUUAAAGAGUUGGUCUAUGUUCGCAGCAUCAAGCUGGCCGGUCCCUACAAGGGAAAGUCUGGCAUGCAAGACUCUCUUGUUGCUGGUGAUGCCCGUGAUGUUCAGAAGAUCCUCCUCGCCAUGCGUGAGAUCUCUUCCAACAUCGCUGAGGGUGCAAACGCAUUCCUCAUUGCCGAGUACAAGUACAUGAUGGUCUACGUUCUCGUCUUUUCCGUUAUCAUCUGGCCCUGCAUCGGUUUCGGCACUAUGUUGUCAUUCGUUGUGGGUUCCAUUACCUCUAUCGCUUGCGGGUACAUCGGAAUGAAGACCGCUGUAUACUGCAACGUCCGUACUGCUCAUGAGUGCUGGAAGAACCUCUCUGAUGGUUACGAUGUUGCACUUCGCGGCGGCUCCGUCAUGGGUUUCGCUCUCGUGUCUUUGGCUGUUCUCAACUUGGCUAUUCUCGUUACCAUCUAUAACGUUCCUUCUUUCUAUAACGGUGAUCUUCGUGCUCUUUACGAGGCUCUUACCGGUUAUGGUUUGGGUGGUUCCUCUAUUGCUCUCUUUGGUCGUGUUGGUGGUGGUAUUUACACCAAGGCUGCCGAUGUUGGUGCCGAUCUUUCUGGUAAGAAUGAGUACGGCCUCGAUGAGGAUGAUCCGAGGAACCCCGGCU